AAUCGCGGGAGGAAGCGAUGAGGGAGAAGUUUCUACAGUACUCCGGGAUGCCAUACAACUAUCACGAGACAGAGAGAAGGCAUUCUUCGUUAAGAAAGAGAGUUUGACACUGGACCAUGCCCAGACUACAAUCCAUACCUGAAGGUUUGGCCACCGUCACCUCUAGUCAUCAAGUGAGGUCACCGGUGGAGAUCAUGAGAAGAUACAUGGAAUCGUUCCCCGAAGAAAUAAGUUGUCGAGAAGAAAUGUCCACCUUUCAAUUCUGGAAGGCUGUCAGAACCGAAUUUCUAGCCACGUUGCUAUUAACCGUUAUGGGUUGUGGUUCCUGUCUUGGAUCUAAGGUGCCACCCUCUGGAGAAGAAAUGGCCUACAAUAGAUUAGUAGACAUCAAAGUCAGUUUGGCUUUCGGAUUCUCGGUGGCCACUUUGGUCCAAUGCGUGGGCCAGAUCAGCGGGGCACACAUGAAUCCCGCUGUUUCCGUAGCCUUUCUUGUAGUCAGGCACAUUACCGCUGCUAGAGCGGUGGCUUAUGUUCUGGCACAAUGUUUGGGUGCUACUAGUGGUGCUAUUAUUCUAUAUGGAUUGACUCCUUUGGAUCAAAGGGAAGCCGCUGGUUUGGGUGCCACCGAACUCGCUGAUGGCGUACACGUGAGUCAGGCCUUCGGUAUGGAAUUUAUGGCUUCUUUCUUGGUGGUGCUCACUGUAUUAGCAAAUGUAGAUCCUCACAGAACGGAUAUGGGUUUCAGAGCUUUAUCUAUAGGACUUUCUUACGUAGUCGGACAUUUUUUAGCGUUUAGGUACACCGGUGCGAGUAUUAAUCCAGCCAGAUCGUUAGGACCAGCUGUCGUUACUAAUUCCUGGAGACAUCACUGGGUGUAUUGGGUAGGUCCUGUUUUAGGGGGUGUAUUAGGAGCCAUCACCUAUGAUUACACGCAAGACACCUCACGAACCAGUCAGCACUUCAAGAGGUCCUUCCGUAAAAGGUCUACUAGAGAUAUAAUUCGGGAUCAAAGCGCACUUAGCAAUGAAACCGAAAUGACAGGUACUUCCAACGACUUCCGAAUUUGAUCCGAAUUAUAAUGCCAUUCGAUCGAGUUGAAUUAUAUUUUCCAGAGAUUCGACUAGAAUACAAAUGUUUCCAAUUUCCUAAGUAACUUCUAUACUCUCCGGGUGAAAGAACGUUAAUCUGAUCAAAUUUACGAGAUAAAUUAUAUAUAAAAGUUUAUAAAAUUGUUAAAUUUAAUUAAAUAUUCUUUAAUUUUAAAUUAUUAUUUUCAUAAAUAUCGUGAAUCUUGAGUGUGGAAAUUGGAAAUGUGAGUCUAGACGAUUCUUCAAUUGCAAGAAUUAUUAUGUAUUCUCGCACAUAUCAAUGUUAAUUCUUGAUAAUUUAAUCGUGUAAAAUAAGUAAAUACAAAUCGAACCUCCUAUAACGGCCAUUUUCUAAGCAGCUAUCGUUUUUUCGAACAUACAAAAUUACCUGUGAAGAACGUCAGUAAUCGUCGUUUACAGGUUUGACUGUACAGUACAUACAAAUUAAAAUAGAACUCUAAUUAUAAAAGUUUAUUUAUUUUAAACUUUCUUAUUCAAAUUUUCAUUUUAAGAUGCCACCAGUCUUUAAUAUUUCACUAAUUAUUAGUUUUUUUAUGAAAUAAUUUAAUAAGGUAGAAUUAAUCACUACUUUUGCUAUUAAGUUGCAAACAAAAAUCAUUACUUCUGCCACCAAUUUGAAGAUAUUAAGUACCAUUUAAUUUAAUAUUAUGCAAAUAAAUAAUUAUUUUAACUUAUAUAUUAUAAUGCUUUCCCCUCUUUACAUUGAACUUUAAGCCACGCACUUUCCAAAUUUUAUAUGUUUUUACCUAUUUUAAUCAGUUCUUUACGCGCCUUCUAUUCUAGGACGUGUAUUUUCUUCCUCUUGGAAUUCUUUCAUGCAUAUUUAUGGAAUGACAAUCUACAGAUUCUACUACUUAUUGAAUUUUUAAUGAUUUUUUCCUUCAUAUCAAAUAGUCGAAAUACUUUAAUAUCACCGAACAUUUUUCUUUCCAUUAUUAAACUCUGUUCUGUUCGGCUGAUAAAUUAUUCAGAAAAUAAUUUUUAAUAUACUUUUAAAUAAUUAAAAACACGCUUUUAUCGGUCAGAUUUUUCAAGAUUGGGCAGAAGAUGGGAAAGGAUCACCCCCUAAAACAUUAUUAAAAUGCAUUGUCAUGGGACUUAGAUAUGACUUCAAACUUUCACACUUCUUUCUUAAUCAUAAGCAGAUAAAAUUUAAGUUUCAAGAUAUGAGGAAGUGUUUAAUAAUAAUAUAAAAAUACAUUAUAAUUUUCUUUAUAGACCUCUAAACUAUUUAAUUAUUAAAUUUUCUUCUAGCAAUUUAUAAAUAAUUUAUAUCAUAAUAAACCUUCCAUCUUAUGAUUUGUUGUUGAAAGAAGAAUUUUCAAAUUUUUUCUGCAUGAAAAAUGUAAAAAAAAUUAAAGAAGGAAAGUUUAUUACAUUGCUGCAUUAUUCUAUACAAAUUAUAUUACAUAUUAUAUACGUUAUAUGUAUUAACAGGCUGAAUUAAAGUACACACGAGCUAUAUUACAGAUUACGAAUCUUAAUCAACAAUGCCAAUCCAUUGGGUAAAUAUUUUAUAUAUUAAAAAUUGAUAAAACUACAAGGUUAAGAAGUGUAAAGGAUAUAUAUAAUAAUUUUGAGAUGUUCUAUCUUCCAUGUGGCUUAAAUUAUACGAAACUUUCCUAUUAAACAUGAGCAAUCCUACGCUGUACGCUAUGAGUAAUGAAUACAUUUUACUUGUAAUUUGUUCCUUUUAACUAGAAAAAAUGUAUUUAUAAAUGAACAAAGAAGACAUAUACCUUUUAAUUAGGGUCUUCAAGUGCUUAUAUGGGGUCUGGGACAUAAGGGAUAGAGGAAAGGUCCUUUAUCUGGUCAUGAAAUACAUAGAAUGUUUAUUUACUAUAAAGAUUAUUUUGUUAGUAAAAGUAGAAUUAAAUUUGUAGGAGUAGGAACCGUUAAGGACUUCUAGUCUUUCUGCGUGCUCGGAGGAAAAUCCUCUGCUCUCCUUCUAGACGACCCUAAUUAUCAUCAGCUCUUGUAUUCAUAGUAACUUCAUGCCCUCUCGUAGGUAUACGAUUACUAUUAUUGACAGUUUUCCAUAUAUAAAUCAUAUAUAACUAAUAAUUCAGUAUAAUUCAGGCAAUCAUUGAGAAUUUUUAAUAAAUUUUACAGUAAGUUUACAUGAAAAUCUAUUUACAAAUUUCCGCGUAAUGAUUUUCUUUCCGGUUCUGUAAUAAUAAAUAUAUUACAUAUGAAUAAAUGUAAGCAAUUUAUAGAAAUUUUAUAAAAAAAUGAAAAAAAUUUUUCUAUAUUUAUAAUUUAUUUAAUGCUUUUUUUAAUUAUUAAAAAAUUGCAUUAUUUAAAUAUUUUGACGAUCCGUAAAAUGCCCGAACGAUCAAAUUUAAGCAAAAAUAAUUCGAAUUAAAUAAAUAAUUAAAUAUAUAAGAUUAAAAGUAUAUUAGAUACACUAAUGAGGCAUUCAUUUUUUUAAAAAAUAAUUGAAAAUGUUGCCAUUUAGAUCUUAUACAAAGUGUAGAGCAUUGCAUAGCGUAACAGUGUCUGCAGUAUGUUACGGGGCUCCUAACACCUGUCGUAACAACCUUACUCUCCAGUUUUGUUACGUGCUUGUUACGGCUCGAGAUUAGAUAAAGGGGACCGUAACCGAAAGCUCGAGGGUGCUGUUACGCUACGUAAAAAUGCACUACAGUUUGCCCAUGCUUUAAAGAAUGUUGAUACGUUGUACGAUUGACUGUCUGAUCGAAGAGCAAGAAACUAUACACUAUACAUAAGACUAUACAUAAGACAUAAGACAUCAUUUUAACUCUUUCAAUCAUAAAGUAUUAACGAUAUCACGAAGGAAAAUAUAUGUACAGUAUAUUGUCAUGUUUUAUUAUUGUUAUAAUCUUACAUUCAAUUAUCAAGUCCUUGUCAAUGAAUUUUAUUUUUCGAAUUUGUGUUAAUUCUGUAGACAAGAAUACAAGAAUAAUUCCACUUAAUUAAAUAUUAAUUAUCUUUUGUUUAACUGUAGUAUAGAUAUAAUUGUCAAUACUCUUGAGAAAUUCAUUGUAAGAGUAGUAAUAACGCUUAUAGCGUUACAAUUUAUGAAAAAAAUCAAGUUUUUUUCUGUAAAAAGAUGUUUCUAGGCGCUUCCUCCAUAAUAUAAUCAAUAUAAAUCUGUAUCACAUAUCACUGUAAAUAAAACCUGCAAAUUUAUCUGUAUUUUCUGAUUCUUUAUAUAAUUUGCUUUAUAAAAUGUAAGAGAUGCCGAUG